UUCCUCUGUGUCUCUUUCCAAACGUGUCAGUCAACCAGUCAGUCAGUCAAUUAUUUGUGUGUGUGUGUCUGGUGGGGAUGCCUGAAAAAAGCUCGUAACCAUCCUUCAUCUCUAUGACCGGCGGACACAAGAAUCACAGACGAGAUCGAGGAGACGAACAAUUUCUCACAGUGGAAAUUCCUCAAUCACUUUACCUCCUGGUAUCACUACUGUUGCCGUCUAUGAGCUGCGCCGUGGCAGCGGAGCGGGCUUUCCUGAAAUCCUGACACACGGAGAAACCCAGUAAAAGCUCCCAGUAGCUCCAGCAGCAGACGCCAUGUCUUCUCCUUCCCUCCCCAUGCCGUCUCUCCCACCCAGCCCCCUGGCCAUGGAGUACCUCAACGACUUUGACCUUCUCAAGUUUGAGGUGAAAUCGGACACGCCUCCGCUUCCUCCUCCAUGUUCGUACCCCAAAUCUGGCCUACCCCAUGACCCCUCGAGCUCUCCGUACACCAGCAACCCUCCACAUGACUCCAGUUUGAGCUCCAGUCCUUACAACUCGCUGCCGCCUUCGCCGACUCUCAGCGAUGCGCACCCGCCACCCUCGGGCUCUUCCUCCAUCUCGUCAUCGUCCUCCUCCAUCUCCUUCCCUCUGUCCAUAUCCAACAGCUUCACCUCUGGCAUCAGCUCUGGGUCCCAGGGAAAUGUGGAGAGCAGUCCCGCACAUGGUGGCCCUCAAGGCCCCACUCCUGCCUCUCUUGAGGACCUGAUAUGGCUGGCGGCGCUGCAGCAACAGUUUGGAGGGGAGGUGACGGGGCCGGCCACUUUGCUAGGAGCUUUGGGUGGAGUUCCAGAAAGAGGCGACAGAGAGAGGGGACCGGGGAAUGGCUUUCUGGGAUGCGAAGACGCCGUGGAAGCUUUGCUGAACUCAGCUGCCGCAGCGGUGAGCUCGCAGUUCCCAGGUCUUUCUCAAAGCUCAAGCAGCAACCUGGGAGACUCCAGCAGUGACAGUGGAGGAGACAUCUCCUGCACCAAGGCGGCAGACAUGUGCCAUCGUCCGCUAGUCUUCCUGUCAUCCGCCCCUCCCACGCUCCCUAAUGGCGCCCCUGCCUCAGUUCCUUACCCACAGCCACUCAGCCCCCAGGGCCGCCUUCAUCACCACCAACAUCACCAUCAUCAUCCUCACCAUCCCAUUCAUGCCAACCAUCACCAUCAUCACCAGUCACACGUCAGCCAGCCAUGCGGGGUGAACGAGCGCUUCUCCGACGAGCAGCUGGUGAGCCUGUCGGUGCGCGAGCUCAACCGACACCUGCGUGGCGUGAGCAAGGACGAGGUGGUGCGCCUGAAGCAGAAGCGUCGCACGCUCAAAAACCGCGGCUACGCCCAGUCCUGCCGCUACAAGCGCCUGCAGCACCGGCACGCGCUGGAGUCAGAGAAACACCUGCUCACACAACAGCUGGAUCAGCUGCAGUGUGAGCUGACCCGGGUGCUGAGGGAGAGGGACGCCUACAAGGCUCGCUACGAGAAACUCCUCAGCACAAACCCGGGAGCCGGCGGCGAGGCGGCCCCUCAGACGCGCACCAGUAACCCACCAUCCCCGCCCCCCGACUACUUCCUCUGAGUUUAUCAAGCAUUUAAAAACAAGACCAGCCAACAUGGAGCAACAUGCUGAUGAGUGAUGACACUCUGGGGGACGCAGGAGGGGGUAGAAAACUAAGAUCUGUGUGUGUGCAUGGUUGUGUUUAUGUGUGAGAGGCAUUUUAAAGAGAGGCGUUUUCAGGUAGCGUUUGGGCUUUCCAACUGUGAAAAACACACUUUGAAUGGUGGGGGGGGAAUUAAGCAAUGCGGUCUGACUUUGUAGAUAAAGAGCCUUCCAAAAGUUCUCAUAUCCCUUUAACUUUUUUUUUACAUUUUGACACGUAAAAACCAAACACUAUGUGUUUUAUUGACAUUUUUGCUCCUGACCAACACAAAACAGUGCAUAAUUGCGAACUGAAAGGAGAAGUUCUUUUUUUCUUCUCUAAAUCAAAAAACUUUUAUUGUUCAGUCAGCACUUUCUAGAAACUCAUUUUGAGGCAAUAACAGCUGCAAGUCUCUUCAGGGUAUUUUCUCUAAAUAGUUGAACUGAAAAUUUUCCAACCUGACUCCAGCUCAGCCAGAUUCAGUGACAAAAUGUAAAAUCUCAGCACAGGUUUUUAAAUAAAAAUAAAUAAAUAAAAUAAUUUCAUGUCUGGGCCAUUCUAACAACCCAAUAUGCUUGGAGCCGAACCAUUUGGUUGUAGCUCUGGCUGCACCCAUGUUUUUAAGCUUUUGCAGGCUCCAACUAGUUCUCCUCUAUUGUGCAUUUCCCAUCAGCUCUAACCAACAGGUGAAGGGGGGUAAAAAGUAUUUAUGGUAGGAAUGUCAUGCUUUUGGUGAUCAUAUUCCUUCCACUUCACAGUAGUUUUGCUACUUUAUGUUGGUCCAACACAAAAAGAGAAUCUCUGAAAUGCAUUUAAGGGGCAGUAUACUGUAAAAUUGACUUUUCUGAGAAAGAGCAGGAGUUUUUAAAGAGACAAAGACUCAAGAUCAAGGCACUAAAUUACAAAGUAAAAUGUCAUAUUUGAUAGCAGUUUUAUAGCAACUCAAGUUAACAUAACAUUAUGUGCUACAUAAUGGCAUUAAGUGUCUGGAAAACACACAACCCUGCCCCUUUAAAGUAUAUGGUUAUUAAGUUGCAAAAUGUAAAAAAAAGAAAAGGGGAUAUUCAUAUUUUUGCAAAGCACUGAAUAUACACUUUUCUGUGAACACACAAAAACCUCCUGAGAGCUCUCCUGAAAUCAGUGCAACAGAUCAAAAGAGCUUUAUAGUCCCUCACACUGCUGAGCGUGGUAUCUAUGCAAUAAUAGAAUAUAUCUGCUAUGUACUUUCCAUAUGUCCAAAUGAGUAAUCAAGGCUCACUGUAGCAUUUUUUCUUCUUCUUCUUCUUUUGUUUUUUUUUUGUUUGUUUUUUUUACAAUAAGCUGCUAAAGCUGCAGAGGUCUGAGUAGUGCAGUGAUGAUACGUGGAGUGAUAUGGGAUUGGAUCACGUUUCCAUGGCAUGCAGUUGAAUAUUUGCCAGCUAAUAUUUCACAGUUGCCUACCAAAGUUUUUAAGCUCACCAACACUUGUUAUUCUUUGUAAAAAAUUAAAAAAAAGAAUAAUAAAAAAAAGAAUAAUCAUAGAUUAAAGAAUGUACAAGGAUACCUUUCAGAGGAAUCCAUCAGUGAUAGUGACAUUGCUCUUGUGUUUUAGCAAAAGGAGUCUCCUUUUCUUACUAGCUGAACAUAUUAAUUAGUGGCCUUCAGCCAAGAACAAAGUACAGACUUGCUGUUUGCUACAAACAAUCAAGUUUUUUUUGUUGUUGUUUUUUUUUCUGCUAAUGCAGAGAUGUGGGGUUCUGGGAACGUAUUUCGAAGCAAUCCAUCGCAGAAUAAAGACACAGAAAGCUUGGUGUAAAUAGGAAGAUGUGUUUUGGGGAAGACCUUUGCAGGUCUCCUUAUCCAAAGCAAAUUGUGACACCACAGAGCUGGUCACUGUGGACUCAGACACUGUGGGACUAAUUAACAGUUCAGGGAUGAAAACAAAGACGGAAACACACACUGUUGUUGAGAUAUUUUCUGAGCUGGAGGUACAACGCCAGAUUUCAUUCAUUAGAGGCUAUUUAUUUUGUGUGAGUGUAGUUACAAAAGAAAAAAAGAAAAGAAAUCAAUUGUUCUUUUAUUUAUUCACUUAUUUAUUCAGUAUUUAAUGUUUAUUUAUGUACUUCUAAUUAUUUCACUGGUUUCCAUUCCAUUAGUGUGUAUUUUUACUUUCCUACAGUUUAUCAUUUUACUCUGUCGUGACUAGAAUUAACAUUAUUACAGAAGCGAGGGCCAUCGCCGUGGUUUCCCGCUCCCAUUGUAGUGUGGUUUCAUACACGUAUGAAAUAAACAAAGUUGUUUUUUAAAAAAAAAACAACAACAACCUUG